CUCCCAUUAAUACAGAGAAAAAGAACCCUAAACCACAACCAUCUCUCGAUCACCAGAAGAAACCAACCAACCAACAAAUGGAGAAGUACGAGAAGCUAGAGAAAGUCGGCGAAGGAACCUACGGCAAAGUCUACAAAGCCGUCGAGAAAUCCACCGGAAAGCUCGUCGCGCUCAAGAAAACGCGCCUCGAGAUCGACGAGGAAGGCAUCCCUCCCACGGCGCUCCGCGAGAUCUCCCUCCUCCAGAUGCUCUCCACCUCCCUCUACAUCGUCCGCCUCCUCUGCGUCGAGCACGUCCUCAAGCCCCCUGCGAAGUCCAACCUCUACCUCGUCUUCGAGUACCUCGACACCGACCUCAAGAAAUUCGUCGAUUCGUUCCGCAAAUCCGCCAACCCUAGGCCGCUCGGGGAUCCCCUGAUCCAGAAGCUCAUGUUCCAGCUCUGCAAAGGCGUCGCGCACUGCCACAGCCACGGCGUGCUUCACCGCGAUUUGAAGCCGCAGAAUCUGCUUUUGCUUAAGGAUAAGGAGUUGCUUAAGAUCGCCGAUUUGGGGCUCGGGAGGACGUUCACUGUGCCGCUUAAGGCUUAUACGCAUGAGAUUGUUACGCUUUGGUAUAGAGCUCCGGAGGUUCUUCUUGGCUCGACUCAUUAUUCUACUGCUGUUGAUAUGUGGUCUGUUGGUUGCAUCUUUGCUGAGAUGGUUAGGAGGCAAGCUCUUUUCCCUGGUGAUUCUGAGUAUCAGCAACUGCUUCAUAUCUUCAAAUUGCUAGGAACACCAACUGAGCAGCAAUGGCCAGGUGUUUCCUCUCUGCGUGACUGGCAUGCCUACCCAAAGUGGGAGCCGCAAGACUUAGCACGUGCUGUUCCUUCUCUUUCACCUCAAGGAGUUGAUCUUCUCACGAAAAUGCUCAAGUACAAUCCUGCUGAAAGAAUUGCAGCAAAAACAGCACUUGAUCACCCAUACUUUGACAGCCUUGACAAGUCCCAGUUCUGAAGCUUCAUACUUCCAUACAAGAAUACGACUCAUCUUUGAGUGGAGAAGUUAUUUGAUAAAACUUGUUAUCAUCAUUUUGGUGAAUCUAAACGUUUGAUUUCUGUUGCUUUCCGACACAUCAGUGUCAUGUUUGAAUUAUAGAUUUGUUUUCUCAGUUCAAUGUAAAACACAAUGGUUUGGUAACAACGGUAAGAUUCCCUAUAAAAAACUUG